AUUUCCGGAAAUUUAGGAAGUAAACAAUUUUGCUGUCAUCACCUGUUUCUGGAUUUGUUGACAGGAGCAUAACAAACAUAUUAGUUAUCUAUACUUGGUUUGUUGCUCAAAAUUUUUUUAUUCUCUCUUUUUUUAACAUGAUUGUACAUAAAAUAAUUAAAUAGAUAAAUCCGUUCAAUUUAAAAAGAUAGAUUGUUUUAAUUUAAACAGUAUGAUUAUGAAUCUUAUGAUCCUAUUGACACUAUCCUAUGCCUAUAGCCUAUAGCCUAUAGUCUAUUGUCAGUUUUUGUACCGUGGUGUAGUAACAAAAUAGAAACAUUAACUUAACACUGAAUCUGAUUCUGUGACUUCCCUUCUUCACUCUUCCGACUUGGCGUAUUUGCCGUGUGCAUUGAGCUAUCCACUUAGCGUAUUUGCCGUGUGCAUUGAGCUAUCCGCUGCAUUCGAAUUCGAUGGUGUGUACUAAUGGCAAAUCACAUAAUAGCACUCGCGGACACCCAUGGCCCAUGGUAAUCAUGGUUGAAUCAAACUCAGGGAGAGCAUGAUUCAUGAUUGAUGAGACUGAGACAAAACUCAAAAAGUAACAAAAGUAAUGAAACAUCAAGUAAUGUGAAGUAAGAGUAAGAUGGCCCCUAGGCGCUCAUUGUCAAUAUAUUUAAAAAGUGGCAGUGUGAAGGCUACAAAGCAAACAUGCAGCUAUAAUCUAUGUAUGAUACAUGCAUCUAUGUAUCUAUACAGCUAUGAUGAUAAUUGUUUGUAAACUUGGAUUGAAUGGCAUAGUAUACAGUAGAAUAGAGAUUUUAUGCCAUGUUGAGCAGAGAUCUCAAUUAUACUCCUUCUUAGCCUUCUUCUUUUUAGCAAACCAGUUACUUCUUUUAGAAAUUUGAUUUUAAACUGUUUAGAAGUUAUCCAUAAAUAACAUUACUUUUACAUAUUUGGGGGGGAGCAGGAGCAGGGAUCACAAAUUUGUGUGACAUUAUGUAAUGCAGGAUGGUGGCUAAAAAAUGUCAAAGUAGUGUGACAUCAUUUAUGGAUGGCCUUUUAUCAAUUAGGUACUCCAAUACCUGUACUUGCUUAGCAGGCCAAACCAAACCACAUUCUUGUGUAAUUUAAUUUUCGUGAAGAGCAGACAAUGUUUUUUUUUUUUUUUUGAGGGAUUCUUCUCCUUCUUAGCGUUUUUAACUUGUAUUAGAGCAAAAACCAUUAACAAUAUCCUUUUCACACCUUAUGGCCUCUUGCAUUCUUCUCCAACUCUUCCAAAUCCUAAGCAUAUCUUUCUACACCAGGUGUUUUUGGGUCUUCUCCAUCCUAUUGAUCCAUGAGGAUUCCAAAUCAAGUUCUUACCUAGUUAGACUGGUACUUGGCAUCAUUUUUUUUUAUGGUAUGAUAGUCCAUCUUCACCUUCUUUUCUGAAUUUCUUGCUCCACAGCUUUUUCUGUUGACCAUGUCUUGAGUAACUCUUUCCACUUAUUCCCAGUUUUCUUUUUGUUUAGGUAUAUUGGUCAGGAGUUAAAAACCUGGGGCUUGUUCUUGAAUCAAUACAUAUAAUUACAUUUGAUUAUUAUCACAUUUUUGUUUUGGAUUUUAUAUAUUACUAACCAGCUUUUAUUUGCAAUUUGAUUAAUUCUAUUAUCAUCAUCUCUCUUUUUUUCCCAGACUCAUACUUUAUCCACUGGAAGAGACCAAAAUGCAUUAUGUGUACAACUGACCUGUCUAGCCCUGUUUGAACAUGUCAUCCCUUUCUUAAGGAAAAUUUUAGAAGAUUUUCAAGAACAGCAGGGAUACUUAUACUGAGUAGAUAGUUUAAGUUUUGCUUAUUACUCAAGUGGCCAUUUCAAUCAAGUAUUUUACCAUGUAUUGCCUUCAGUGGCUGAUACCAGUGCUACUGAUGCCUAAGCCACUAAACCCGGCUUUCAUCUAUAACCAUGCCAUGUUCAUCGUCCUCUACCUGACAAGUUUCUUCUUGGUCCGGAAGCCCUGCACAAUCUGCAGCCUGGUUUUUCUAGCAGCUGUCUUUCUGAUUUGCUACAAUUGUGUUGGAAAUUGCAUCCUUUGGCACUGUUCUUCAGAUGAGUGUGAAGGAGCUGAUUGUGAGACUACUUGCGGCAGUGCCUAACUGGAGAGGAAUUGUGUUGCUUCUUCAGAGUGGAAAUGAUGUUUGUGUGUUGGAAAUUAAUUGUCUGGUAGUGAAAGAGUUAGGGAAAAACUGAGUUACACUUAUGAAAAAAUAAUAUGAUGUGUUUGUAAAAUAAAUGCAUGCCUGGCAUCAGGAAAUAGAAAAACUUAGUAAUAAUCUUUUACUGUUAUCAUCUAUUUUAACCCCCCAAAAUUUUCUCCAUUCCUCUGAAUAUAUUUAACAAAUAAAUAAUAUGGUUCCAAAUAAGCCACUGAAAAGCAUAUCAUUAAAUCACUGCUUUGGUUUCAAUGCCCUGUCUUUUUUAAACAUUACAUUGGAAUGGGGUGGGGAAUGCACACAUAAUAAUGAUUAAGUCAACGUAUCCCUAGUACAACACAUCCAUUUAUCUUGAUGUCAGCUAUAGAUAAGUUAGCAAAAAAGUGCACAUUUACGUCAGUUGAACCGCAUGGCAUUAGUGAACGUGCAGCUGUAAGAGACACUUUUUUCAAAUCACUACUUUUAUUUAAGUUGCAUAAAUGGUACAUUAACUAUUAAUUUGUGUAGUCUUUCAGUGAGAGGAGAGCAAUUUCUAAGUUUAAAAUAAAAGGAUUCCUAUAAAAGUUCUUUUAAAAUCCUUACGGAAAGUUUAUGUUUACAUCCCUGCCAAACAGAUAUGCGCCAUGAAUGUGAUCACAAGACUUUGAAAUAAAAUGGCCAGUUCUGUUAAGGUCUAAAUAUAGGUUUGUUUGUCUAGUAUGUUACUUGCUUGCCCGUUAAAGUUCAGUUCUAAUUGAUAACAGGUAAUUUAUUGGAAUUGACAUUACAUUUCUUUUAACAAUGAUCAGGUUUUUAAAUGUUGCCAUGCUUCUAGUAAAGCAACUAUUUUCCCUUUUCAGUCCUUAUUGAUUUUUUCCUAUUCAAAUUGGAUCCAAUUAUGACUGUUUUUUUUUUUUACCUCCGUUGAUUUAAAAAAGCUGAUUUGAAUGUUAGCAAGUUAUAUUUGCGAUAUGCAUAGGGUAAAAAUUAUUCUUCCAUUGCUGCUUCUCUAGCUCUAGAUAUUCUAUUUUUGCUUUGUUAACUCACUUUUGCUAACAUUCAGUCUUGGCAAAUGAAUAGAGAAAUGAGGCCAAUAACUAUCACCUCCUCCACCACCUAAACAAACAAUUGAUGAGAUCCAUGCAGAUGCAAAUGAGGAAGGAAGCAAGAUGUUAACAAGAGGAAUUAGAGUGUUUAGUACUUUAUAUUUGAAU